AUGGAGAGACUUUUCACUGCAAUCUCGAGUGAAGUCAUCCUCAUCAAUGAACAGAAGAGCUGGACUGAAGCGCAGUCUUUCUGCAGGGAGUUUCAUGUGGAUCUGCCCACGGUUCAGACGGAUGAGGACAGGCUUGAGAUCCAGAAGGCCUCGAGUGGAGCAAACGCUGAAAUACGGGCCUGGGUGGGUCUGUACGGCAGCAUCUGUGUGUGGCGUUGGUCAUAUCAGAGUCAUGAUCUGCAGUUUUCAUUUUGGGCUCCGACUGAAGACCCGAGCCUCAAAACGCAAAGUGUGUGUGCAGUAAUAAGAAACGAUGGAUUCUGGUACGCCACCAACUGCACACAGCUGAAGCCCUUUAUUUGCUACAAAGGAAAUCACACAUUUUCUUUACUUAAGAAAAACUAUUUGACCUGGAGUGAUGCCCAGAGUUUGUGCAGGGCACAAUUCGUUGAUCUGGCAUUCAUCAAUGAUGUGACUGACAAUACUGAUGUCCUUAAUUACUUAAUCCGAGAUAACGUGUCUGAAGCCUGGAUCGGCCUGAACAAGAACCAGUGGCUGUGGUCGGACCAGAGCAGUGUGUCCUGGCCCUCUCUGGGAUGGGCUUCAGGAGAGCCUAAUAACGGAUACGGGGAUGAAACAUGUGCGAAUGCUUUCGGGAAUGGACUGCUUGUGGAUGAAAAUUGUAACAAUCUCUUUUUUUUCUUCUGCGUUGUUAAGCGUGUGAAAGCUCAGGUUGUGCGACUGGCAGUGAAAUCCUCUGCUCUUCUGGAUGAACCUGCAAUGAAGUUGGCCAUGGAGAAGAAGAUGAGAAUAAUCCUCUCGAAGCUGGAGACGGACCCUGCGUACAACAUAACCUGGAGAGUCCAGGCUGAUGGCAAGACCUUCAAGCCACUGGAAAAUAAUGCUCGAAACACCACAACAGUCUGUAAACGAGAACAAGGGGUGUUUUUCAGAGGGCCUCGUUAACUUGCCAUCAAUAUUAUUAUUAUUAGCCCAAUUAACCAAUUUUUUAAAAUUGUAUACAGAAACCACUGUUAAACAAUGACUUGCCUAAUUAACCUAGUUAAGCCUUUACAUGUCACUUUAAGCUGAA